UGUCACAUAUUGUAUUGCUUCGUUGCUGAAUGUUGUGGAUUUGUGAAAUUAUUGUAUUUUCUAUUAAUUAAUGCGUUUGCGUUGUUGCUUAUUAUUGAUAUCAUACCAACCAGUCCUCAAUACCGAUCAGUCUCUACAUUUUUGUAAUUUGUUGCUUAAAUAAUGGGUUGUGAUGGUGGUACUAUUCCUCGUCGUGAUGAACUUGUGAGAUUAAAAAAGAAACCAGAACAGAAAGAUAAAGAUGCUGAACGAUCGUUCAAAUGGCGUAACUGUGCAUUAUCUCAACAACCCUUACAAGAACCUGUUGUUGCUUGUGGCCUUGGACGUUUGUACAGUAAGAGCUCAGUGUUGGAAGCUUUACUAGAUAAGGAAUCCAAGCCAGAGUCCAUCAACCAUAUUAAGAAUCUGAAGGAUAUCAAAGACUUGAAACUCACAAAGAACCCAGCAUACAAGAAGACAGAACACACAGAUGGGGCUGUCGGUGAAGGCAGUGCACCCUACAUCUGUCCCAUCAGUGGUCUGGAAAUGACCGGAAAGUUCCGGUUCAUUUUCCUGUGGAGUUGUGGUUGUGUGCUUGCUGAGAGAGCUUUGAAAGAAGUUCGACAGAAUUUGUGCCAUAUGUGCCAGCAGCCAUUCACAGAAAAUGAUGUUGUUGUCUUAAAUGGAACAGAUGAAGAUUUAGAGAAGCUGAAAGAGAAAAUGGCUAUCCGUGUUGCUAGUAGAAAGACUAAGAAAUCCAAAGCCGAUAAGGUAGAAAUCAAGACAGAACCAGCUGAAGCUUCCUCAUCCAAAACAAAGGAACCUGAACCUUGCAGUAGUGAAGUUAAAAGUGAAGAUUGCAAACCUGGUAGUAGUCAAGUUAAGAAAGAAACAGAAACAAUACCUUUGUCUUUACCAAAAUUCAAUCCAAAUAAACAAGCCAGAGGACACUUUGGGUCCUCCAAAAGGGCAUUUGCAAAUGGUCUGCAGGAAGACCCAUCUUAUAAGAAGGCAAAGAAAGAUUACAGUAUAGCCAAAGAUCCACAGACUAGUGAAGUGUACAAAUCGCUAUUUACUUCUCAUAAAAGUGAUCAGGAACAGAAGAGAGCUCAUUGGGUUACAUAUAACCCAUUUUAUAACUAAAUUCCAAUAGAUCAAUUCAGAGAUAAUCUGAGUACAACAGUGUACACUUAUUUUUAUUUUCCUGUUAGAAUUUUUGAAUAAAUUCUCAUUUUAAAGAUGUUAUAUAUUUCCACCACUGUUGUCAAUGACAAGAUAAAAAAUACAAUACAAUUGAUAAUGAAAUAGGAACCUUAAAAUUAUGAAUUAAAUAAAAACUACAACACAG